GCUUUUCUUCUUCAGAGCCCUGGUUGUCCACCUGUCGUCUGCCUCAGAGAGGAGGAUUAACCGUGACAACCUCCUAGUGCCGUGAUCUUGCUAUUCUAGAGUCAGGAUGCGGGUAGCUGAGAAGAGGCAAUGGUUGUUUUGAUCUGGGGAGGCUAGAACAUUUGGUUCCUGCCCUAUCUCUGUAGUCACUCCAGCAAAACUUCUUCUGAAUGUAGGCCAACAGGCUUCCUGGCACCAACCUUGGCAUUAAGUACCUGCGCAGCAUCCGGGGACGGUUCUUUGGGAACAUGCCCUCAUUAGCCAUGCCUUCUCUGGGACUUGUCCUUCUGUGCCUGGUGGCCCUGGCUCUUCCCAGUUCAGGCAGCCAGCCCCCCAACAUUGUCCUCAUUUUCGCCGAUGACCUGGGCUUUGGAGAUCUGGCCAGCUACGGGCACCCCACCUCCUCGACACCCAACCUGGACAAGAUGGCGGCCGCCGGCCUAAGGUUCACUGACUUCUAUAGCAGCAGCCCCGUCUGCAGCCCGUCCCGGGCAGCCCUGCUGACGGGUCGCUACCAGACGCGCUCCGGCAUUUACCCCGGCGUGUUCUACCCUGGCUCCCGGGGAGGCCUCCCCUUGGGCGAGGUGACUCUGGCGGAGCUGCUGAAGGGGCGGGGCUAUGCCACCGCCAUGGUAGGGAAAUGGCACCUGGGCCUCGGACCGAAUGGGACCUUCCUGCCCACACACCAAGGGUUCGACCACUACCUGGGGGUGCCCUACUCGCAUGACCAGGGCCCCUGCCAGAACCUCACCUGCUUCCCCCCGGACACACCCUGCUUUGGGACCUGCGACCAGGGAGUCGUUCCCGUCCCCCUGUUCUGGAACCAGAGCAUCGUAGAGCAGCCCCUGUCCUUCCCACGCUUGCAGCCUCGCUACAACGCCUUUGCCCGAGACUUCAUUGCCGCUUCUGCACGGCGCAACCAGCCCUUCCUGCUCUAUUACGCUUCCCAGCACACACAUUACCCCCAGUUUGGGAGCCAAGAAUACACAGGCCGCUCGCCCAGGGGCCCUUUCGGAGACUCCCUCCUUGAGUUUGAUGGAUCCGUGGGGCACAUUUUGCAAGCGCUGCAGGACGGCGGGGUAGCCAGAAACUCCCUGGUGUUCUUCACCUCCGACAACGGCCCUGAAACUAUGCGCAUGUCCCGAGGAGGGAGCUCUGGCCACCUCAAGUGUGGCAAAGGCACAACGUAUGAGGGAGGAGUGAGGGAGCCUGCUGUGGCCUACUGGCCAGGCCGCAUUUCCCCAGGUGUGACCCACGAGCUGGCCAGCACCCUAGACAUCCUGCCUACUGUGGCGGCCUUGGCCGGGGUUCCUCUCCCCAAUGUCACCCUGGAUGGCUAUGACAUCAGCCCCGUCCUCUUUGGAAGUGGGAAGAGUCCCCGUCAGACCAUGUUCUAUUACCCCCCAGCCCCCAGCCAGACGCUCGGCGUCUUCGCAGUCCGCUACGGAAAAUACAAAGCCCACUUCUUCACACAAGGAGCCUUCCAUAGCGGCACAACCCCCGACAAGGACUGCCAUGGUUUGACCCCCCUGACGGGCCACGAGCCCCCGCUGCUCUUUGACCUGGAGUCAGAUCCUGCGGAGAAUUACAACCUCCUUCGGGGCGAGGCUGUGAGACCCGACGUCCUGUCUGCCCUCAAGGAGCUCUCUCUGCAGAAGGCGCUUUUCGAUAAACAGAUGGAGUUUGGGGAGAGUCAGAUUGCGAGGGGCAGCGACCCGUCGCUGGAGCCCUGCUGUUCUCCUUCGUGUAGCCCAAAGCCUUCGUGCUGCAGCUGUGCGUCGGCCUCUUAGCCUGCAGCCUCCCUUGCACAAGCUCCCGUCGCUCAUCGUACUCUGUACAUGCACAGUUGAACAGUUGUGAACUCCAAUGAGGGCUUUCAGCAACCUUUUCCCUCAGGGAAAUCCACAGGUUCGGGAGAUAGGAAACUACUUC